AUUCAAUGAAAAAUCAAAUUGAUUUAUUUUUUAAAUUUUGAUUUUUCAUUUAAUUGAUGUGAUUUUGAUUAUUAUUUGGGUUACCUCUGUUCGAUUUCCAUUUAAAAAAAAUUAACUUAUUGGCUAAAAGAAAGCUAAUCCUUAACGAUAAUUUUAUUCAAUUUUUUUAAUUUUAACAAAAUUGGUCAAAAUUUUAAAAUGUAUAAAAUUUUAUGUAAAUUUCCAAAAAUUUAAAAAUUUAUUGCAAUUUUAUCCAUUUUUUUAUAUAUAUCCUCUUACACUUCAUUUUUUUAUUGAUCCAACCUUAUCGAUACUAUUAACUACUUUCAACUUUAUUUUGACAUCCAUUGUACAUCAAAAAAUUGAGAUUUGAGUGGUAAGGGAAGAUAAGGCUUAACCUUGUUUACCCUCAUCCUUCAUUAAUUCACAUCUUCCUAAACAGAGAUAAAAUAAUUGUUUCUCUUAAUCUUUACACUCAUCCAAACAGACCCUUGACCUUAGCAUGAGGAACUCAAUAGUACAGAUAAUACGAGGAACUCAAUAGUAUAGAUAAUUAAAAUUAUAAGGAUAAAAUAAUAUAAAUAAUUAAAUAUCAAUUAUUAAAUUAAUUAUAAGGAAACGCGUAAAUAUGCCUUGCACUGGGACUUUGAUAACAUUAUGCGUAAAUACGCGUAUAUAUCGAUCCUCUUGUAUGCGAAUCAAAUAUCAAUUUCAUUCAAAACAAAUUUUAUAACAUUCUUCCCUUCGUAUUCAAUUCAAUGCCGAUUCAUUUUAAAUUUUUCAGUGCAAAGGAGUAUGAUUCCUUCUCGGUGGAUAGCUCUGUUAUUUCUGUUGAUGCUCUGAAACAGAAAAUUGUUGAAUUAAAGUAUAAAUCUAAAUCCAAUAGCUUGUGUUUGGGUACUGAUUUGGACCUUGUGGUCGUUAAUGCCCAGACGAAUGAUUGUUACGCUGAUGAUAUGCUGAUCCCUAACAAUACUAGGGUUCUGAUUCGUCGUGUUCCUGGAUCGCGACGUCGCAAGCCCAUCGACAAUACAACUAUUGUUGUUAGGGAAAAGCAACGGCCACUUAGUUCCUCUUAUUGUACUGGUUCUAAUUCCUCCAAGAUUAGCUCUGAAACUGCUAUUACUGCUUCAUGCAGAAGCAACCCUGCAAAUACUGGUGUUAGUUCUGUUUGUUCAAGUACUGUAACUAGUUUGUCCACAACAAAACCCAAUGGGGUUGAUGGAUUUCGAUGUGACGAUGGGUUUGGGGAUGAUGUGUUUGUGAUUCCUAGAAUGAAGCCAGUUCAGCAUAGCAAGUCAACUGUAGAUGCAGAAUCUGAUGAGGACAGCAAGAUUAAGGCUUUAGUAAAUGCUCCAGCCUUGGAAUGGCGGUUGGAAGGUUCAAAUGGUGUGAAAAAUGGUAGGGGUUUUAGUGGAUUGGUGAAGAAAAUACCACCAGAGGGUUAUGUAUGUCACAGAUGUAAAGUGCGAGGACAUUUUAUUCAGGACUGCCCAACAAAUGGAGAUCCAAAUUAUGAUUGCAAAAGAUUGAGGCCUCCUACUGGAAUUCCCAAGUCGAUGCUGAUGCCAAACCGAGGUGGCUCUUAUGUGUUGUCAAGUGGUGCAACUGCUGUUUUACAGCCAAAUUAUCAUGCUUUUGAGAAGGAAAUUUUUGGCUGCUUGCCUUCAAAGAGAUCCUGGUCUGCUAGUGAUCUUCCACCAGAACUUCUCUGCCCCUUGUGCAAACAAGUAAUCAAGGAUGCUGUCUUGACUAGCAAAUGUUGUUUCAAGAGCUUUUGUGAUAAGUGUAUCAGGGUUCAUCUAAUCACCUCUAAGUUGAAAUGUGUUUGUGGGGCAACAAAUAUCCUUACUGAUUAUCUGAUUCCAAACAUGACGCUUAGGGACACAAUUAAUUGCAUUGUGAAAUCUGGUCCUUGUUACAGCAGCAGUGGUGAAAAUGCCAAAAGAAACUCUUUCCAAGAUAAGGAUAUGGAAUUGGCUCACUGUUCAGAACCUCAGAUCUCUACAACAAAACCAUCUGCAGAAUCAUUUCAGGAAGAGCAGAAGCCAUCACCUGGUGAUGUAGAAGAUGGGGCAAAUAAAAGAAAACUUAUUGAUGCUCCACACCAGACAACUAAGAAAGCUAGAACUACAGGAGCAACUAAUGUAUCUGAAGAUACUAUUGGGCCAAUGAGAAUGAAAGAUACAGCAUCACAAGGAGGUGUCAUGGGGGUUGAGGAAAAAGUGCAGCAAAAGGAGAUUUCCAGUGAGGUAGAGAAGAAAAAGGACGAGAGAGAAGUGGUCAAGGGUGAAGUCAAGCAAAAGGUGGUUUGUGGUGCGAGAGGAAAGAAAAAGAGAGAAAGAAGUCAAGAUGUUGAGACUGAGAGCUAUAUGAUGCCUAUUGGUUCUUAUGCAUACAAUCCAUACUGGGUUGGUGCGCAGGUGGGGUUGGAAGGAUGUAUGGCACCUUAUUAUGCUGCUGGUGCGAUGAUCUAUGGAUUGAGCUCCUUUGGAACAUCAUUCAAUGGUCUGAUGAAUCAAUACACUUUUAGUAUGCAGUGAAUGGGUGACAGGAGAUGACGCUGUGGGUUAAAAGCUUGGAUGUUGACUUUUAAUGGCAAUCGUUCCUCUUUUUCUAGUUUCUUUUGGGCCUAAAUGUACAGUAGGAGAACAUGGAUUUACGUUGGUCUAACCUUGGCCAGUUUUGUAAUCGCUGUUUUAAUAUUCUUAUAAAACUCUCAUAUUCUUUUUUCCAAUAAUUUUGUUGUUUAUUUCAUUUAUUUAUUCUCACAACGAAUGUGUCUUUUGCAAAAAAAAUAAGGGUUGCAA